AUGAAGUCAUCUCUGCAUUUUAUCAGACAAGCACAAGAAGAGGUCUUCAAGGAAGAGAUGCGGGCAGUAAAGGCUGGGAGGGAACUACCAAGCACAAGUAAAAUGCAACCUUUGAAACCUGUGUUAGAUGAAGAGGAAGUCCUGAGGUGUGAUGGAAGACUUCGCUACCCCAUCAUCUUACCUCCUACAGAGGCAAUCAAAGAGAGGGAAAAAGAGUGCAUGCAGUGCCGAACAAGGAAAGCUACCCCAGCCAAGCAGAUUAUGGCCCCUUUGCCUGAAUUACGUACGCGGAAGUCUUUACGAGCCUUCAGCCAAACAUCUGUUGACUUUGGGGGACCUUUCAUUACAAAACAAGGAAGAGGCAAGACCCGUCAGAAGAGCUACCUUUGUCUAUUCACAUGCUUAGCGACAAGGGUUGUGCAUCUGGAAGUAGCAUUUAGCCUAGACACUGACUCGUUUCUGAACGCGUUCUUCAGAAAGGCGUCGCGACGCGGCCUCUCAGAAGAUGUUAUGUGUGAUAACGUUACUAACCUUGUUGGUGGGAGCAGUGAACUAAAGGAUUUAAAAGCCCUGGAUAAGAAGAAAGUUCAGGACGCCACCCUAAAUUAUGGGGUCAAUUGGCACUUUAAUUCCCCGCUCGCCCCGCAUCUCAGUGGUUUACAUGAAAUUAUGAUUAAGGCUGCCAAGAAAGCCAUUUAUGCCAUCUUGAACUGUGCAGACAUCAAAGAUGAAGAACUCUUGAGUGUGAUUUUAGGGGGGAAGUUUGCUCCUCAAACUGUCGACGAGGUGUCCUUUAACCUGAGAAAGAGAUGGCGCCGAGUGCAGGAACUUGUUCGCCACUUCUGGCAUAGGUGGUUACGGGAGUGGAUUCCAAGUCUUAGGGGAAGGAAGAAGUGGCGUGGCAACCGAGCUGACUUGAAAAUUGGAGAUGUGGUUAUUGUCAUGUCCACAGAUACUGCAAGAGGCAAAUGGCCUCUGGGCCGAAUUGUGAAAGUGUUCCCUGGUAAAGACAACAAAGUUCGAGUUGUUGAUGUCCAAGUCGGAAAGAUGCCUUUGGAAAUUCAAGCUCGAGGUCCUGAAGCUGUCGAGGCUUAUGACAAAGCACUAACAGAAGGAAAGGCCUGCAUAAAGAGAAUACCCAUAAUGUUGAUCGGACAGGAGCGGACAGGGAAAACUAGUCUUAAAAGGUCCUUAAAGGGAGAAAAAUUCGACAAAGAAGAAAAAAGCACAGAUGGAAUCGAAACUGACCCUUCGUACUUUAAAGUAUCUACAGAGACUUGGAAAAGCGGACAAACGGGCGAAGAAAUGCAAACUGAGCUAGAAGUUCCAUUUGAAAACCUUGCAGCAGCAAAAGUGAUCUUCGAUCGUUUGAAGAAAGGGGAGUCGUUUUUAUCAGCGGCUGAGGCAGAGUUAGACUCAGAAUCUAGUACAGAGUCUAGUACAGAGUCCGACUCAGAAUCUAGUACAGAGUCUAGUACAGAGUCCGACUCAGAAUCUAGUACAAAAAGUGCUCGUGAAGUCUUCCGCAAAACUCAUAGGGAAACUACAUCUUCUCAAAGAAAAUUGCCAGAGGAAUUGGCGAAGCUGGUUGAAAAACUGCUACGUGAAGGAGAAAGUGCAAGCGAAGACCAAAUCUACUCAAUCUUGUGGGAUUUUGGAGGACAGACCGUUUACUAUGACACCCAUCCAAUUUUCCUUACAGAGAAAGCCAUAUAUAUUUUGGUAUCUGACCUGAGCCGUGAUCCAAACGAGAGAGCCAACCUGCCUGUCAAAACAGGACUUUUCAAGACUAAAGUGGACACUAACUGCAUUAAAACAAACCUUGAUUACCUGGACUUUUGGAUGUCAUCGAUUUAUUCUUUGAGGGGUCUAGAGGAAAACAGCUCCCAACAGACUGCUCCACCUGUUAGCGAUGUUCUGCCGGGAAGGCUCCCGCCGGUGUUUCUAGUUUGCACCCAUGCCGACGCGCCGGUUGGUGGCUCUAAAGCCAGAGACCUCGCGCUAGAAGUAUAUGGCUUUCUCCAAAGCAAGAUCUAUAGAGAAAACUUGUAUAAAGAUGUUUUCGUCGUAGAUAAUACAAAGUCAGGGAGUGUGGAAGAAUGUAUUGGGGUCAAGCGCCUGAGAGAAGAGCUUCUCGCAGUUGCAAAGGAACUGCAAUUGACGAAAGAAGAAAUACCGGUGAAGUGGUUGAGGUACGAAAACAACCUUCGCAAGAAGUGUGAUAAGUGGAUAACACUUGAUGAAGCCAAAAGGAUUGCAUUUGAAGAGUGUGGAAUCCAAGAAGAUAAUGAUUUUUCCACUCUAAUGAAUUUUUUGCAUGAUCAGAGAAUUGUGAUUCAUUUUAGUGGCUCUCCAGAGUUGGAAAAGAUGGUGAUAUUAGAUCCUCAGUGGCUUGUUGAUGUCCUCAAAAGCGUUAUAACUGUAAGGCGCUUUAAACAGGCGGAACAUCCUGUAAAAGACCUAUGGAUCCAACUCGAAGAAACCGGAAUCAUAGAUGAAAGGCUCAUUGACCAUGCCUGGGGAGACUUACUCGGCAACCAGGAAAGUCACAAGAGCCUCAUUGCCAUCAUGGAGAGAUUAAGCUUGCUUUCCGCUUGGCCAUCAUGGCAAGAUAGGAAGCAGUACCUGGUGCCAUCCAUGUUGAAGUCACCCCCAACCGAUGAAGUCUUGAAGCUUCUCCACUCUGUAAACAUACCAUCACUUUUUAUAAAAUUUGCAUCUGGUCGAGUGCCUCCUGGUCUCUUCUCCCGACUUAUCCUUCUCUUCUUUCAGUGGUGCGGCGAAGAAUGGAACAACGAAAUGAACCCACAGUUGUUCUAUAAUUUCGUCAUUUUUUGCAUUCUUCCAGACCAAGGUAUCUCCGUUAUUUUUUGGUGUCAUUCCUCGGCCAUCGAAGUCGCCGUUUACAGCGGAGGCAAUGAAAAGACAAGCGCAGAUAUAUGUCGUGUUGUUCACUGGAAAUUGAGGUUUAUCCUCGAAUGCAUGCGGAGAGAGUUUCACUGGCUCAACAACAUGAAGUACGAUAUGUGUGUCUGCUGCCCAGUCUGCUCUCAACCAGGGUCGGUCAAAUGUCACGAUCAUGACGUGCGUGGAUGCGAGUGUCUACACUUCCUGUCGGAAUCUGAUCUGAGAAAAAGGCAACAUUGUAACAAACCAGGACGCAGCCUUCUUGGGGAUUACAGGAUUCGGAUCCAGCAGUUCCAAUGUUGGUUUUCAUUUGGCCAAGAAAAGGAAAGAGCCGGAAUGUCAACGAAUCAGAUGCAAACCCUUCAUGCAACGCACCACGGAGGCCCUCUUGGUGAGAAGGGCAUAUUUUCCAUGGAAAGAGCGAAACGGAAAGAACUUGCGCUGCCAGAGAGUGUCAAAAAUUCCAUUCAGUCCAUUCCACUGGAUUCAGCAAGUAACGUCAAGGAUAUUGUGAUUCAGUUUCAAAGAGCUCUGCAGUUGGAACCAGCAUCUUUAACCAGCGCAGAGCCAGAGGCGAAAAAUAUGAUUCGUGGUCUUACCUUGAGAGCUAAAUCUGAGAAAAGGGAUGACUUGGUGAGGCACUUACGAGAGAUCACACCUGCUGGUACUACUGGGCCGUUGCUGAAUGAGGAUAUGUCAGUUGGUAACAUGCCAUUUAAACAAUACAAGGAUCUGACGUUCAGCCUCUCGGGUGGGGAAGAGUGGAAAUUAUUGGCAGAAAGGCUGGGUCUCUCUCAAAUCGAGAUUCGCUUUCUAGACAAGAGAGUUGUAAACCCCUCUGACGUUGUCCUCAGGGCUGUGGGAGAGCAUCGCCACCUGAGUGUUGGAGAAAUCUAUGACACAUUGGUCGACUGCGAGCUACCGGUUUUUGCAGAUCUCAUGUAAAUUAGAAAAUGAACCGGCGUCAAAGGCAAGCGACACAGCAAGAAGCAGAAUCGAGAGCAAGGUAGCGGCAGAAGACAUUUUCAAGAGGUACACGGAACAACAAAUUUCCUGAGCUCUUAGUCGAAGGAUAUGCGCGCUGAGGCAUUAUUUUAACAGAUUUAUGGUAACUUACAACUGCACGUUUUUAAAGUAAGGAAAAUAAUUUCAGUGUAGAUUGUAUUUGAAAUUAAGCUUCGUUGACCUGGCAAGUAUGGGUACACAGCUUUUCUUUAUUUAGUUUAUCCAUAUUGGAUGCUAUUCUAGCUUUUUUUAUUUCAUUUGUUAAAUCUUUGAAUAGUUGUUUUUGUUAGUUGAUUUUCAUUUAUAACACUGUUUACUUUAUAAACAAUAGUAAUUAUGUCAGAUGUUAGCCAAGCCUUUUUCUCAUAUUUGAGUAAGGGUAUUGCACUGGAGAACAUAGGUAAUCAAGGGUAUUUUCUCAGUGGAAAGGGAGUGAGCUUUCGGCAUGUAAACAUAUUUACUAUGUAUGUAGACACUAUAUUUUUGGUGCUGAUUUCUGACCUUCUGAAUGUUUUGUACAAGAAAUCAGAGGAAAAAGAAAAACCAAGGUUUAUUAUAGGGUAGGGAUGGGAUCUUCCGCUAAAUAAUUCAAAUAAAUAACAUUCAAGUCUCGCUUGAAAUCUAAUCUUAACCAUUCAUUGUUUCUUUCUGAUUCAACACUGACAAACUUUCUUAUACCGUGGUGCUCGAAUGAAGUGUCAAAGUUUCCUUGUACAUGUUACGUCUCUGUAUUGGUAUCCAGUUUUCAUAUUUUUUGACAAAUGCACUAUGGAAAAACAAUAAUUUCGUAGUUAAUAAUACAUGUAUACACUCUGAAAUUUACUUCUUGGUUCGAUGGAAGAAUAAGACAGUUUUCGUCUCAGAAAGAAAAUCAUCACAUUUACCAUUCAGAUUGCGGUUACCCAUUCAUAUCCCUGGGUAGAGAAAAACGUUUUGAGAGUGAAGUGCACUAUUAAAGAAUAGUGAUUUGUUGUAGUUAGUAAUGCACACCGAAAUAUAUUCGAUCUUCGGCAGAGCAUGAAUUAGUUUACAGUAUAACUAACAGCACAUCUUAUCUUUCGCUUGACCUAUGUGUAUGUGUAUGAAAGUAACGUGUCUCCCAUUAAAAAAAAAACAAC